UGUGCGGGACAAGCUUCUCCUGACAGAAGGAUGUCACUGCUGAGCCUGUCCUGGCUGGGCCUCGGGCCGGUGGCAGCAUCCCCAUGGCUGCUCCUGCUCUUGGUCGGGGCCUCCUGGCUCCUGGCCUGCAUCCUAAUGUGGACCUACACCUUCUACGACAACUGCCGCCGCCUCCGGUGUUUCCCGCAGCCCCCAAAACAGAACUGGUUCUUGGGUCACCUGGGCCUGGUGACCCCUACGGAGGAGGGCUUGAGGGUCCUGACCCAGUUGGUGGCCACCUACCCCCAGGGCUUUGUGAAGUGGAUGGGCCCCAUUUUUCCCGUCAUCAACUUGUACCACCCCGACACCAUCCGAUCUGUCAUCAAUACCUCAGAUGCCAUUACAGACAAGGACGUAGUCUUCUAUAAGAUGCUGAAGCCCUGGCUGGGGGAUGGGCUCUUGUUAAGUGCUGGUGACAAGUGGAGACACCACCGUCGCAUGCUGACACCUGCCUUCCGUUUCAACAUCCUGAAGCCCUAUAUAAAGAUUUUCAACAAGAGUACGAACAUCAUGCAUGCCAAAUGGCAACGCCUGGCCCUGGAGGGCAGCACCCGUCUGGACAUGUUUGAGCACAUCAGCCUUAUGGCCCUGGACAGUCUGCAGAAAUGCAUCUUCAGCAUUGACAGCCAUUGUCAGGAGAAGCCCAGUGAAUAUAUUGCCGCGAUCAUGGAGAUCAGUGCCCUUAUAGUGAAACGGAAUCACAAGUUCUUCCUGUACAAGGACUUCCUGUACUUCCUCACUCCCUGUGGACGACGCUUCCUCAGGGCCUGCCGACUGGUGCACGACUUCACAGAUGCCGUCAUCCAGGAGCGGCGCCGCACCCUCCCUAGCCAGGGUGUUGAUGACUUCCUGCAGGCCAAGGCCAAAUCCAAGACUUUGGAUUUCAUCGAUGUGCUCCUGCUGAGCAAGGAUAAAAAUGGGAAAGAGUUGUCAGAUGAGGACAUAAGAGCAGAAGCUGACACUUUCAUGUUUGGAGGCCAUGACACUACGGCCAGUGGCCUCUCCUGGGUCUUGUACAACCUCGCGAGGCACCCAGAAUACCAAGAACGCUGCCGGCAGGAGGUACAAGAGCUUCUGAAGGACCGUGAGCCUAAAGAGAUUGAAUGGGACGACCUGGCCCAGUUGCCCUUCCUGACCAUGUGCCUGAAGGAAAGCCUGCGGUUGUAUCCCCCAGUCCCCACAAUCACCCGUGGCUGCACCCAGGACGUGGUGCUCCCAGACAGCCGGGUCAUCCCCAAAGGGAACAUCUGUAGCAUCAACAUCUUCGCAAUGCAUCACAACCCCUCAGUCUGGCCAGACCCUGAGGUCUAUGACCCCUUCCGCUUCGACCCAGAAAACAUCCAGAAGAGGUCACCUAUGGCUUUUAUUCCUUUCUCAGCAGGGCCCAGGAACUGCAUCGGGCAGUCGUUCGCGAUGGCAGAGAUUAAGGUGGUCCUGGCGCUCACACUGCUGCGCUUCCGCAUCCUGCCUGACCACAGGGAGCCACGCAGGACGCCGGAGAUUAUUUUGCGUGCAGAGGAUGGACUUUGGUUGCGAGUAGAGCCCCUGGGCUGAGGUCUGCAGUGACCCACCCACCUACCUUUGCAUCACCUAUCUUUGCAGCAACUAUCUUUUCAGAUUCCUGAGAAUAAAUCUGUGUGGGUCCCUGUGCCUGAGUCCCGUGGAGAGCCAGUAGGGGGCGCUUGAGGACUGCAGGGAUCCAGGACCUGGUUGGGAAGAGGUGGGGAGAUGUCUCUGAGCCCAAGACCUUGACUGCCUCUCUGGGUGGCCACAGGAACCCCGUGC